CCCCGCCGCGCUCCGCCCGCUGCCGCCGCUCCCGGGACUCCGGGGCUCCGCUGUUCCCGGGACUCCGUUUUUUUCCGGGACUCCGCCGCUCCCGGGGCUUCGCUGUUCCCGGGACUCCGUUUUACCCCGGGCUCCGCCGUUCCAGGGACUCCGUUUUUCCUGGGGCUCCGCUGUUCCCGGGACUUCGCCGCUCCCGGGGCUCCGUUUUUCCCGGGACUCCGCCGCUCCUGGGGCUCCGCCGCCGCCGGGCCCAUGGCGAGCACCUCUGCGGAGAUCAUCGCCUUCCUGCUGACCAUCUCGGGCUGGGUGCUGGUCUCCUCCACGCUGCCCACCGAUUAUUGGAAGGUGUCCACCAUCGACGGGACGGUCAUCACCACCGCCACCUUCUGGGCCAACCUCUGGAAGACCUGCGUGACCGAUUCCACCGGCGUCUCCAACUGCAAGGACUUUCCAUCCAUGCUGGCGCUGGACGGUUACAUCCAAGCCUGCAGAGGACUAAUGAUCUCCGCUGUCUGCCUGGGCUUCUUCGGUGCUGUUUUUGGACUGGUUGGGAUGAAGUGUACAAAAGUCGGAGGCUCCGAUCAGACUAAAGCAAAAAUAGCGUGUUUAGCUGGACUGAUCUUCAUACUUUCUGGGUUGUGCUCUAUGACUAGUUGUUCCCUGUAUGCAAACAGGAUUACGUCUGAGUUCUUUGAUCCUUCUUUUGUUGCACAAAAGUAUGAAUUAGGAGCAGCUUUAUUCAUUGGAUGGGCUGGAGCUUCACUCUGCAUAAUUGGUGGCAGUAUAUUCUGCUUCUCAAUAGCUGAAAACAGUAAUACUCCAAGGAGGGGGUACGCAUAUAAUGGAGCCGCAUCUGUGAUGUCUUCUCGUACAAAGGUCCACAACAGUGUCCCAGACAAAACCCCACCAAAGCACUUCGACAAGAACGCUUAUGUUUAAUUGUACUGUUGGAAGAUUCAAAGCGUUUUAAAAACGAGUUUAUACGUUUCGUGCUGAGUGAUUUUCCCCCCAAGCCCAAUGUAAUUACCACUAAGACAAUGACUUUUUAAAACAGUAACUUGCAGCUUUUUACAUAUUGAUGUAAAUUUUAUUAUAUAAUAUUUUAAGAUUAAUGUUGGUAUUGUAAAGUUUAUACCUGGAAAUCAUGAGCUGAUGUUGCUUUCUUGAAAAAAAUAAAUGGGUUAUUUACCAACUCGAUAUC